UCGCCUCUCUAAUCGCUCUGGUUCUUGCCUGUCAACAUUGACCGAGACCGUUGAUAGCGUCAGAGGCGGUAUAAUGAACAACACGACCGCCCAGAGUACACUGCCCGAGCUAGCUAAUUCGGCAACGACUGACCAAAACCCAUCCGCACAGCCAGUGAUGGCCUCAAAUGGUAUUAUUCCAUUUGAGCAAAUGGCCCGACCAGGAGCUCCCCAUGGCAAGAUCGAGCCGCCCAGCGAGCACCCAGAGGGCGAGGAGAUUCGGCGCCAGGUUGAAUUCUACUUCUCUGAUGGAAACUUGGCGACCGACAACCACUUGCUCGGCCUCUGUGGUGGCCGGGAGAAUCUUCCAGUCUCAAUCAGCCAGAUCCUUGGCUUCAAGAAGAUGCGCCGGUUCAGGCCCAAGACGCGUGUCGUUGAGUCGCUCAGGAAGAGUGACUUCUUGGAGGUGGACGAGACGGGCAAGACCAUCAAGCGGAAGAUUCCCAUCCGUAUCCCGACUCUGCUAGAUGACGACGACGAUAAUUCGGAACUGGCGUAUGAUCCGGCUUCUGUGCAAGAAGAGCGAAAGGUCACGCCGAGGAGGGCUAAGCAGGUAGUCCCGACGACGCUCAGGAAAGAGAUCCCACCUGGAAUGACCAAGAAUAUGAUCAAACCCUCCGGCUUCGAGGAGGGCUACGUAGAGGGCCCCAUUACCCCAGAUCAGUACGAGGAAGAAAAGCAUAUGUACGACCCCGACAUCUCCUUCGUCGAGCGGAUCGAAGUUGCCAUUCAGCGCUUCAAAGCCAAGCGUAAGAUGCACCAGAUGUACGUAGAGAUCUUCAGCAAGUUCAUGCGCUUCGGUGGCGUCGAUGGGCAGCAGCGCCAAUUCACAGGUAGACUAGCCAAGACGGAACUGGAAGAGUACGAUGCUUCAGAAAUAGCGCGCAUGAUGGCGACGCACCAUGUGCCCUGGGAUCGCGCGGACCCGAAGCGGUGGGCUGUGGACUUUGAGGGCAUUGCCAAAGGCUUCCUUUCUUCCUACUACCCACAAUACUUCAGUCCCGAAACUCGCCAGAUCAAUCGCACUACCCAGGUUCUUCGCUCCUUCUACAACUACAUCCUCCUCCACAACGUCUGCCCCGAGUACAACGACGACAUCCUCGCCGCGCGUCGCAUCUGCGACCUUGCCGACAAAGAACUCCCCGCCGUCUACGCCGUCGGCGGCCUUCUCCCAGGAACCUUCAACACCUCUGCUUCCGCCCUCCUCGGCGGCUACUGGGCCCAAAUCCACCCCCCGAACCAAAACCCCGACGACUCGUGGGACGAUGUAAACCGCGAGUCUAGCUGGACCGGCGAAGCCCCCGACGCUUCCAGUAAGCAAACCUACCGCCCCGAAGCCAUGCUCGCAGCGUUCAAGAUUGGCGUGCUCGCGUGCGGCGGCGAAGCCGCAUACACCGCCCUCGCCAGCGACGGGCAAGACAUCUCCACCAUCAAAGACGCCUUCCCGGUCCUUGCAAGCGAAACCGUCGGCCUCAGCGUCGUCAACACCGAGCCGCCUAGCGACGAAACCCGCGCCCUCUACGCCGCGCACAACAAGAAAUGGAGCCACAAGCUCCAAAUCGAGCCACUCGGCAAGCUCAUCUGCGAAGCGUGGGCCGUCCCGGACCUCGAAGAGUGGGACCUGCCGCCGAAGCUGCUCGCGGCGAAGACGAAAGCGGUGCCACGGCGCUUCGAGUUCUGGAUCGAGGAGAAGGCGCUCACGCUGUGCUUUGUGAACAUGAAGAUCCGCGCGACCGUCAUGAGGCUCGAGCAUGGCAUUGAGGUGCUGGAUGAGGUCAAGCUGGUGCAUUGUAGCUUCUAUGAGUUCUUGCUCAACGAGUUGCAGAUGCAGGCGAAGGCGCCGAAGGAGGUGAGGUUCCUGAAGCAUCGGGAUUUGAAGGCGAUUGAGGAGCAGCAGGCGGAGGAGGACAUGGCGGUUGCCGAGGUCUAGAUGAUGGCUUUCUUCUCUUUCGGGAUUACUAGAGUUAGGUGAGACAGCGGUU